AGAAAAAUAAAACACUUAUAAAAAAUAUGGAUAGACAAGCUAAACAAAAUUCUCUGUUGACCAUGUGCAAAAGUAUAUGUUUAAUUCUACAUCUUGAGUUCAUCACUUUUCUAUCAGGAGAUGGAGUUUUAACAUUGAAUGCGGAGAACACUAAUUAUGCCUAUCAAGUUCCAAACUUCCAUAAAUGUGAUAUCUGUCUGCUAUCUUUUCCAAAAGAGACACAGUUUCAACGCCACAUGAGGGAUCACGAGCAAAAUGAUAAGCCACAUCGAUGUGACCAGUGCCCCCUUUCAUUUAAUGUUGAGUUCAACCUGACACUUCAUAAAUGUACCCACAACGGGGAAGAUCCUACCUGUCCUGUCUGUAACAAGAAAUUCUCCAGAGUGGCUAGUCUCAAAGCGCAUAUUAUGCUUCAUGAGAAGGAAGAGAAUCUCAUCUGUUCUGAAUGUGGGGAUGAAUUUACUCUUCAGAGCCAAUUGUCCAUACAUAUGGAAGAACACCGGCAGGAAUUGGUUGGGAACCGCAUCUAUAUUUGCAAAUCCUGCAAGAAAGAGUUUGAAACUUCUUCACAACUCAAGGAACACAUGAAAACUCAUUAUAAAAUAAGGGUGUCAAGUACAAGGUCAUAUAAUCGGAACAUUGAUAGAAGUGGAUUCACAUAUUCAUGUCCACAUUGUGGAAAGACUUUCCAAAAACCAAGCCAGUUAACUCGACAUAUUAGGAUACACACAGGUGAAAGACCAUUUAAAUGUAGUGAAUGUGGAAAAGCUUUUAACCAGAAGGGGGCAUUGCAGACCCAUAUGAUUAAACAUACCGGUGAAAAACCCCAUGCCUGUGCCUUUUGUCCUGCAGCCUUUUCUCAGAAAGGAAAUCUUCAGUCACAUAUACAGCGAGUUCAUUCAGAGGUCAAGAAUGGUCCUACGUAUAAUUGCACAGAAUGCAGUUGUAUAUUCAAAAGUUUAGGUAGCUUAAAUACUCAUAUCAGCAAGAUGCAUAUGGGUGGACCACAGAAUUCAUCAAGUUCUACUACAGAGACCACUCAUGUUACAACGGAUUCAAUAUCCCAGUCUCAAAGUACUGCUUCUACUACACUGUUACAGCCAGUUGAUAAUAAAUGGAAAAAUGCUACACUUUUUCAGUCUUCACCUCUACCACAGACAGAAACCCCAGCAACUUCAUCUGCAAGUCAGCAGGGGCCACAGGCAGUAACUGAUGUCAUCCAGCAGCUUUUGGAGCUGUCAGAACCAGGACAAGUUGAAACCAACUCAUCUCCACAACCAGGCCAGCAACUAAAUAUUGCAGUGGGAAUCAAUCAGGACAUUUUACAGCAAGCCUUAGAAAACAGUGGGCUGUCUUCAAUUCCAGUUGCAGCACAUCCUAAUGACUCCAACCAAACUAAGACUUCUGCAUCCCAGAUUCAAAAUCCAGAUAUUACCAAUGUUUCAAAUGAGCCAUCUGACUCUACAGAAGCAGAACAAGAUAAAGAACAGGAAGCUUCAGAUAAAUUGGAUAAGAAAGAAAAGAAGAUUAUAAAGAAGAAGUCACCAUUUUUGCCUGGUUCAAUUCGUGAAGAGAAUGGAAUAAGAUGGCAUGUGUGUCCGUACUGCACAAAAGAAUUUAAAAAGCCCAGUGACCUAGUGCGCCAUAUUCGAAUUCAUACGCAUGAAAAACCAUUUAAAUGUCCACAAUGUUUCCGGGCCUUUGCUGUAAAGAGCACUCUUACUGCUCAUAUAAAAACUCACACUGGCAUCAAAGCAUUUAAGUGCCAAUACUGUAUGAAAUGCUUUUCCACCUCAGGAAGCUUGAAAGUUCAUAUCAGACUUCAUACAGGAGUUAGACCUUUUGCCUGUCCUCACUGUGACAAAAAAUUUCGAACAUCAGGUCAUAGGAAGACCCAUAUUGCAUCACACUUUAAGCACACUGAACUAAGGAAGUUGAGACAUCAGCGCAAACCUGCCAAAGUUCGAGUAGGCAAGUCGAAUGUUCCAGUGCCAGAUAUUCCUUUGCAAGAACCAAUUCUCAUAACUGACUUGGGUCUUAUUCAGCCAAUCUCAAGAAACAGCCAGUUUUUCCAAAGUUACUUUAAUAAUAAUUUUGUCAAUGAAGCAGAUAGACCAUACAAAUGUUUUUACUGUCAUCGAGCUUAUAAAAAAUCUUGCCACCUUAAACAACAUAUCAGAUCACACACUGGUGAGAAACCUUUUAAAUGUUCUCAAUGUGGAAGAGGUUUUGUGUCUGCAGGAGUGCUGAAAGCACAUAUCCGAACACAUACUGGGCUGAAAGCUUUCAAGUGUCUUAUAUGUAAUGGAGCUUUUACUACUGGGGGUAGCCUAAGGAGACACAUGGGCAUCCAUAAUGAUCUUCGACCUUAUAUGUGUCCUUAUUGUCAAAAGACAUUUAAGACCUCAUUAAAUUGUAAAAAACACAUGAAGACACAUAGAUAUGAACUUGCUCAACAGUUACAACAGCACCAACAAGCUGCUUCUAUAGAUGAUAACACAGUAGAUCAGCAGACCAUUCAUGUUUCUACUCAGAUGCAAGUGGAAGUUGAAAGUGAUGAACUGCAGCAAAAUGAAACUGUCACUACUGAUCAUGAAGCCAUUUUGGAACUGGACCAGCAGGAUGUAGUAGGUCCAGAAGAAACAGGACUUGGCCAACAGUUGACAGACCAACCUUUGGAGCCAGAUGAAGAUAGGUUUGUGACUUCUGAACAUACUCUCCAAGAUAACAUCAAUCAAUUUGAACAGCAAACUAUCCCACAACAGUCUUAUGAAUCAACGGGAUUAUCUCAAGGUUUUGCUGUGACUGAUACAUAUAAUCAGAAUCAAUUUCCACCUGUCCAGCAACUACAAGAUUCCAGCACACUAGAAUCUCAGGCUCUUUCAACCAGUUUCCAUCAACAGAACCUGCUUCAAGUUCCUAAUACAGACACUAUUAAUGUAGUGAGUUCGUUGAUCCAAGAACAUUCACAAGAAGAGCUGGAACUACAAACUCAGCAACCUCAGUUUCUUGCAGAUAGUGAGGAUCAAAGUAGACGGACUUACAGAUGUGAAUAUUGCAACAAGAGGCUUUAGAAAUCCCGUCACUUAAAAAGCAGCAUGUGCCGGUCACAUACUGGUGAAAAGCCCUUAUAAAUGCAGCUCUGUGGACGCGGAUUUGUUCCUUCAGGUGUUCUCAAGUCCCAUGAGAAGACACACACAGGUGUAAAAGCAUUCAGCUGUAAUAUUUGUAAUGCAUCCUUCACUACCAAUGGUAGUCUCACCAGGCAUAUGGCAACUCACAUGAGCAUGAAGCCAUAUAAAUGUCCAUUCUGUGAGGAGAGUUUCCGAACAACAGUUCACUGCAAAAAACAUAUGAAGAAGCACCAGACUGUCUCUUCUCCAGUAGCAACAACUGGAGAGGGAGGAGGAGGAGAAGUGGUGUGCAUGGAAGAAGAAGAUGAAAAUUCUGAAAGAACUGCUCCUAGAAAAUCUCGUCCAGGGGUCAUCACUUUCACAGAAGAAGAAACAGCAGAACUGGCAAAAAUCAGACCACGAGAAAGUGCUACAGUUUCUGAAAAAGUGCUCGUCCAGUCUGCAGCAGAGAAAGACCGAAUUAGUGAAAUAAAGGAUAAGCAGGCUGAACUUGAAGCAGAGCCAAAAUAUGCCAACUGCUGUACCUAUUGUCCCAAAAGCUUUAAAAAACCCAGUGACUUAGUAAGGCAUGUCCGAAUCCAUACUGGAGAAAAGCCAUAUAAAUGUGAUGAAUGUGGGAAAAGUUUUACAGUUAAGUCUACUCUGGAUUGCCAUGUAAAGACACACACAGGUCAGAAGCUUUUCAGUUGUCAUGUGUGCAGCAAUUCUUUUUCUACAAAAGGAAGCCUGAAAGUUCAUAUGCGUCUACAUACAGGAGCUAAGCCUUUCAAGUGUCCACAUUGUGAUUUACGUUUCCGUACUUCUGGACGAAGAAAAACACACAUACAAUGUCAUUACAGACCAGAAAACAAGAAAAUUAGAAAGCCCAUGGCCCGCAGUCCAAAUGAGAGCCUACAGCCAGUCAGUCUCCUUAAUUCCUCUUCAGCAGACUCCAAUGUGUUCAUUAUGAAUAACUCAGUGUUGACAGGACAAUUUGAUCAAAAUUUGCUUCAGCAAGGACUUGUUGGUCAGGCCAUUCUCCCUGCUUCCAUGUCAGCCGGUGGUGAUUUAACUGUGUCCUUGACUGAUGGUAGCUUGGCCACCCUGGAAGGCAUACAGUUACAACUAGCUGGUAAUCUCGUUGGACCCAAUGUGCAAAUUUCUGGAAUUGAUGCCUCUAGUAUUAAUAACAUUACACUACAGAUUGAUCCUAGUAUUUUGCAACAAACAUUACAGCAAAGUAAUAUACUUGCUCAGCAACUAACUGGGGAGCCUAAUUUGGCUACACAAAAUAACUCCCUUCAAACAUCUGACAGCACAGUUCCAGCCAAUGUUGUCAUACAGCCAAUUUCAAGUCUAUCUUUACAGCCCACAGUGACAUCUUCUGCUAAUAUGACUAUAGGACCAUUAGCUGAACAAGAUUCCAUGUUGACCUCUAGCAACAAUGGUACACAAGAUCUUUCUCAAGUGAUGACCUCUCAGGGUCUAGUAUCCACUUCUAAUGGUCAGCAUGAGAUCACAUUGACUAUUAAUAAUUCAAGUCUCAGUCAGGUUUUAGCCCACGCUGCUGGUUCCACUGCUCCAACUUCAUCAGGAUCUUCACAAGAAAUUACUCUCACCAUAUCUGGUCAAGAUCUUAUUCAACAUAAUACUAAUGGAAAUAGUGAAUUAAAUGGAAGCAUACGAUUGUCAACUCCUGCCGUCAAUAAUCAGCCUCCUGGUGCCACGUUAACAAUAAGUAAUGAUCAGCUUCUCUCCCAGAGCACAUCAUUAAACUCUUCAGACCUUAAUACUGCAGCUGGAAACCUUUCUUCAGCAACAUCCAUGUCUCCAUCCACUAUAGCUACUCAAAAUCUUGUAAUGUCUUCAUCAGGAGUUGGAGGUGAUGCCAGUGUCACGUUAACGCUGGCUGACACUCAGGGUAUGCUUUCUGGUGGCCUUGAUGCGGUUACGCUUAACAUCACUUCCCAGGCUCAGCAAUUCCCAGCUUUACUCACAGAUUCUUCUCUUUCCGGACAAAGUGGGACAGGGUCACAGCAAGUAAUACUAGUGAGCCACACACCACAUUCAACUUCAGGCAAUUCUGAUGAACUCACCUAUCAGGUAACUGAUGUUUCACCAAACCUGAAUAAAAGCGGUCAAUGUGAAAAAGAAGCUCGAGUGAACCAGUGUUUGGAAUGUAAUCGCACUUUCUCAUCUGUAAACAUGUUAAUGCACCAUAGCAAAGAAGUUCAUGGCAAAGACCGGAUCCAUGUUUGCCCCAUCUGUAGUAAAGCCUUCAAACGGGCAACACAUCUCAAGGAGCAUAUGCAGACACAUCAAGCAGGUCCUUCUUUAAGUUCUCAGAAGCCAAGAGUAUUUAAGUGUGACACUUGUGAAAAGGCAUUUGCUAAACCAAGUCAACUAGAAAGACAUAGCCGAAUUCACACAGGAGAACGUCCAUUUCAUUGUACUCUUUGUGAAAAAGCAUUUAAUCAGAAGAGUGCACUUCAGGUACAUAUGAAAAAGCACACUGGAGAGAGACCAUACAAAUGUGAUUACUGUGCAAUGGGCUUUACACAGAAAAGCAAUAUGAAACUCCAUAUGAAACGAGCACAUAGCUAUACUGGUACUUUACAGGAAUCAACUACUCAUCAAGAGCAAGAAGGAGAAGAUCUCCAUCGUGCACUCCAUUUGGAAGAGGUUGGUCAAGAAACUUCAAAUGAAUGGCAGAGCCUAACCAACGUCUUUCGAUGAUAAUUUAAAUAAUGCUUUCAACAACAAAAUUUCUGAAGUUAAAUUUUGAAAAGCGGGAAAAGCAUUUGGAUUUUUUGUUUGGAGCUUCAAGUGUUGAAAGUGUUAACAAAACAUGUUUUUUAGUUAUCAAACAUUAUUUAAAAGAAUCAUUGUCUUUCACAAGCUGGUAGGAGGAAGUAGGAAAAAGGUAAACUGUUUUGUGCUCAUUGAUCAACAAAUCAACGAACUCAGGUAAUGCAACAGGCAGUUUCAUCUUCUAAUCCACAGCCAAUAUAUCUUGUUUUAAAAAAAGAAAAGCUUUCACUGGAUCUUAUCAUUGGGGUGUGAUUUCAUUGUAUUAGCGGGUUGCCAAUAGGGGAAAGUAUGAGAAUUGAUACUUAACACUUUUUGUUAUGAGAAACCUAGUUUAAUAUUAAAAAUUAAAAUAAGAGCGUGAAGUACAGGAAAAAAAAUGUGCAAUGCACAGUGAAGUUUUUCCCCCCACUUAUUUUCUUUUGGUAUAUUUCGGCUGGUGGUAAUAAAUGUCUUUUCUGUUAUGGUAAAUUAAUUAAACUCAUAUCCUGAGAGAUGGCUGGACCAAUUCUCUCUCAAAUAAAAGUAACUAAUCAUUAGUUAGCAUAUAGUAUCUGGGGCAUGAAAAUAGUAAGUAGAGUGCAAAAGGUGAAUCUAAAGUACAGGUAAAAACUAAGCUGUCCAAACAAAGUGCUUAGUAUUAGCGUGUGUGUGUGUAUACACACACAUAACUAACACACACACACACACACACACACACACACACACACACACACACACACUGCAUAAAUAUAUAUUCAGCUCCUUGAGUUGGAUUCUUGCAGAAAGCACAAGCCAUAUUUUGAAGGCAGGAGGUACUGACCCUAUUAAACUAGACUCUUAGCACUGAAGCUCCUGUAGCUCAGGAUACCCUAAAAGAUAAUGAAUAUGUUUCUGCUGUGAGCUGUAAGAAUCUAGAAAUUCACCAGUAUUUUUCCUUUGUGUGUAAACAAAUGUAUUUUUUAUUUCAUUGAAACUGCCUAAGCAAACUGCUUAAUUUUUUUCUGAAAGGUGCCACAUAAAUAUGUCCAUAACCAAAUUCAAACCUUAUACUGGAGUCUAGUGCAAGUCAUCCUUUCAACAUUCCAAAGAUGGAAAAUUCUUUGCUUCAUUUUAGUUUGUUCCUUUGAGAUUAUUUAUAUGUUCUAUAUAUAAAUAUGUAUGUAUAUAUACAGAUAUAUGGGCCUCUGUGUGGCUGAACAGUAUAUUUUGUAAAUAUAGUACUAGUCCCAAUUAUAGAGAGAGUUCAUCAAAGUUUUCAACUUCACAUGAGCACUUCUAGAUCAGUAUUGUAUUCAUUUUAUUAAUAAAUGAAUAUUCAUUUUAUUAUAAUGUAAUAUAAAGCUGGGUUUUAUUUUAUUCUUCCCCCUCCCCAAAUAAUUGCUUUUAUGUGCCCACAUUGCUACCUUAGUUUCAGAAAUACAUUUGUUUGAUUGUAAAUAUUAUGUGGGCUGUGUGUACUAAAAGAAAAGAUCAUUUCAAGUCAUUGAAGGAAGAGACAUUUCACUGUUAUUUUGAUAGGGCAUCUUUUGAUUCUUUUGUUAACUUUUGGCAUAUGUAUAUAAGUAAGAUAGUUGGUGAUAUGAAAAUACCUUUUGUUAUGUGGAAAUAUUUAAGUCAGAAAAUGUUAAAUAAUAUUACUUUUUUUCCAAACUGCUUUGUGUAUUGUAUAUUUUUGGGGGGAAACUUUGGUUUUUUAAAAAACUUGAAAUAAUCUUCUUGUGGUACUGGAUUUAUAUAAAUCCUGAGGAUUCUGAUGAAAGUCAGUGCUAAACUUGACUCCAAACAAUUUGUUUUGGAUAAUUGUAAUUGCCCUUCGGUGGUAGAGGUUCUAUUUUUAUGCACUUUUCCUUUGAAACAAUGUAUGGCACUACUUUAGGAAUAUUGAUAAAUGUUAGUGGCUUUAUGGGCAUUCACAGCAUUGAAGUUGUUUGUUUAUUUUAACAUUGAAUUUAUGACAGAUGAGUUGUUAACAGGGGUUUGCUCAAUUCCUGUGUGUCUAUUUAUUAUGUUUAGUUAAGUCAGCUAUAUUGGUUAAUUUUAUCCUGGGAAUGUGCAGAAGGCCUUAAUUCACAUACUUAAAGUCUAAUCAUAGUUUGGAAAGAAGGGUUUUGAAAGAGGAGAAAAUCACCCAUUCUGUGACGUUUUCUACUUUGUGAGGCAAGAAAACUUAAUUUGUACAUGUUUACUUAUGAAUGUAAUUUUCCAGGUUUGUUGUCCUGAUAUUAAAAGCUGCUCAUAUACAAUAAAACUCCUUGGAAUAUGAGGACUAUAAAACAAUUUACAUUUUAAUCUAAUCUUUAAAAGGUUGAUUUUUAUAUUAUAAUUUUUUUUUUGAAAUCUCCUUUAGAAGAACUUUUUUUCUUGGACAUAAGCAGGGUUUUCAGAGAUUGAGCGUAUUAAGAAACACCUUUUUUCAUACCAUAGCAUAUGAUGUGAUUUAAUUAGGUAUGGAUCACAAAUAGUUACUCAGAAAUAUGACCAUUUUUUCCUCUUUAAAUAUAAGUUAAGGUUAGUUUCUUAAGAGAAGAAAAAUAAAAUUCAACUUGGCUUUAAAUAUGACUUUCUUUUCUUCUAAAUGUAAACGUUGUAAUCUUUGACAAAUAUGUCAUCUCUCUCUGGAAGGUGAGCUGCAAAUUGAGUCUUGUAAAUGAGAGCAUGGACAAUAGAUACGUGCCCAAAUACUUUUACUUUUCUUUUAGGUGUUGACCAUCCUAAGCAAUAUUCUUGUUAGUAAAUUAAUUGCAUUUAAAAAUUGAAUGAACAUUUUCAAUCUAUGAUAAUAAUAUGCUUAAGGUGCUUUUGCUAUAAUUACAUAUAGCACACAGUUAAUGUGAAAUAAUGCCAUUUCAAAGAUAUUGAACUUAAAGCUGGGGUAUGACUUCCUUGGAAAAGUAUUUCACUUAGUACUCAGUCCAGUUAGUAAUAGAGAGGAAGGGGAACACCAUUCAUAGUUUUAUAGUGGUAGAAACUGAAAAUUAAGAAAGACUUUUUAAAAUGAAAAGUUAAGCUCCUCCCUGAAAAUAAUCUUUCUUUUUAAAUCCAGUUAAAUUUUAUUUACCCCCAAAUAUACAAUUUAAUCUUAAUCCAAACACAUUCAUUUAAACAUAAUUAAUGUUUUAGAAAAACUAUUUUCUUUGCAGUAGUUGAUAGACUUUUCCUUUUAUAAAUUCUCCUAGGCAUAAUUUACAUACUAUAUAGAUGCAUGCAUACAUGUACAAAUUAGAAAGGGAAAAUUGGGUUUGUGUAUUCUUCACAUGAAUUAUCCUUUUCCAUGGCAACAUUUUUAUUGUGAAAUACACAUUUUUAUACCAAAAUGAUUUUCAUACAGUUUAUGUCAGUGACAUCUUUUUACAACAAGAAUGCAUAAUUGUACAUAGAAUUGCUUUUGUGAAAAUUCAUUUGAAGAACAUGUCACUUUUGCUUAAGGAUGUUCUCAGAAGCUUAACUCUACAAUAGUUGUGUGCCAAAAUGGUCAAUCAAAGACGUGAUUAUUACUAAUAGUUUCCUAGAAACAGUUAUGUAGGAAUUGAAGUUGUCAAGGUAAAAUCCUCUAAGUGCUAAUUUGAUCCAAGUUCUUGUUCUUUUUUUCCACUUAAUUUAUAUUUAUAUCAUUUAGGCUUCUUGGACUUUUUAACAGCCAAAUUUAGAAAAAUCAGGGGUUUGUUUUGUUUUUGCCCUAUCUAAUAUGAUAUCCCUGCUAGGGUGCCUAUGGAAGUUUUUUGUUUGCCUUUUAAUUAUUUUAGUAGCACAAUGAAAAUGUUGCACUUUUCAAGCCCAUCUCUAUCUGUUAUAUUCUUUAAAUAGUGGGGAUAGCAGAAUUUUUGUGCCAGAUUGCUGGUCUUACAAAUCCAUGAUAGAGAUGCUUCCAUUUAUUUUGGCAGAAUUGAUAUAUCUUGUGGAAAAUUUGAUUAAUAUUGCCCAUAUUUGAAUUUGUUCCCUCCCUCAAAGAAAAUACACAGUAGUACUAUUGUAGCUCAUUAUGAAUGGCUGAUCAAAUUGUUUAAAGCAAUUAAAAUACAAGUUACUCAAUGUAAAAUUAUGGGAGAAAUAAGUUAUUUUAACAAAUAUUGCUACUUAAUCUUUUGUGUGAUAUUGAUUAUUUAUAUAUAUAUGUGUGUAUAUAUAUAUAUAUAUAUAUAUAUAUAUAUAUAUAUAUAUAUAGCUGGAUGACAUUUGUAUUGAUGAAAUCAGGAUUUGUGUUUUAUUCUUUUACAAAUUUUACCACAGCAGAGUGAUCUGUUCAUGGUAGUUAACAACUGUAGAAUAUUUAGAAAGUUAAUUUUUUAAAUUAUGGAAAAAUUACUUUUUUUACCUUCAAAUUGGUUUCAUGGUUUAUUUAUAGAUCAGAUGAUACUUAUUUAAUCCAAUUUUGUAUUAGAAAUGCAUAAGCAGUCUGCCCAAAGCCAAAUGUACUGGCUUUGAAAAAUAAAAAUAGUAUUUUAUAUUAUUUAAAAGCUCCUGCAUAUUUAAUUAUUUUGUGCUUUAGGGGGAAAUUACUUUGUUGUUUUCCAUCAGUUGCUUUUUUAUGCAUUUUUAAACAACAGAUUUAACCUAAACAUAUUGACUACCUGUUAAAUCAUAUUUUACAGUCUCAAAAACUGUGAAAGCUUGUAUACACACAGACAACAGAUACUGCUCCAGACAAAAUCCCCCAAUACUUGAAGCUUGUAGAUAUUUUCUUUUUAUUGUGUCCUAUGUUUACUGAAAUAUUCUUAAUGUAUGUUUCACAUACACAAAAUGUUUGCCUAUGGACUUCUUUUUGUAAUUGGGAAUAUCCUUAUUUCUCAGAAAUUGAAUUAUGAGAACAGAAGAAAAGCAGCUUUAGACAUACUAGUCCACGUUUUCAUUGAUGGGGAAAGCAUGAGCAGUGUAUUGUUCUAAGCAGAAGAAUAAUGUCACUCUACUGUCCACAAACCUAUCCAUAUCCUGGUGCCACCAUAACCUGGAGAGUACUAAGAACAAGCAUUUCUAGCUAAAAAGGAAAAAACACAUAAAACAAAAACACAAGCUAUUCAUCCCAUCUACACUGUUGUCAGGAAGAUGGUCCAGACUGAUAAAGCAACCUCAUUGUGUUAAGCUGCAAUGGAACAAAUCUAGAUUCUUUUAAAAGCACAUCAAGCCAAGUUCAGCAUCUCUGCAUGAUGAAGUCCAAAAUUCCUAGUAGUAGAAAAGUUGCCAGAAUUCGAGAGUUCUGGUAAGGUAACUCUCUUAAGUCUAUGGAAACAACCCAGCUGUAUUCUAUGUAUGUUUGUUGAAAUGAAGGAUCGGUGUCAUAACUGAUUAUGUUCCCAGUUGCUAUUGUUAUAAAACGGAUCCGAUUUUGUCAGCAGUGCUUUUUAAACUCUUUAAUUUUUAGUGGCUGUGUAUUAUACUGUGGGUUUUAAUGGCACAAAAAGAUACUAUCUCUUGAUAAUGAUUUCUAUUUUAUGUUCAUAUGUUUAAAAUAAUGCAGAAGAAAAUUUAAAACCU